UCAAAACCAGUGAAAACAAUGUGGUGGAGGUUAAGUUUCUGAAUAAAGUGAACUGAUUUUUGCUGUAAAUUUUAAGUAGAAGUUGAAUUGCAUCAACGAGGGCAUGAAAUAACAAAUACAAAAACAAUGUCUUUCAAGUCGACAUACGCCGCGUCGACGUCGGGCCUGACGUCCGUCGACCCCGAGUAUGUACAAUUUCUAAUGUUUUCUGACGAAGACGUGAGGAAGCUUAGUGUCAGUAAAAUCACUAAUGUACAAAGUUUCGACGCUAUCGGAAAUCCUACGAAAGGAGGUUUGUAUGACUCUGCUCUCGGACCUUUGAGGGACAGGAAUGAAACCUGUGGAACUUGCAACAAUGUGUUGUUACACUGCCCGGGACACUUUGGGCAUAUUGAGCUACCACUUGUAGUGGUCAACCCUAUGUUUAUCAAAAACAUCUAUUCUCUCUUCCGCGUGAGUUGCUUAAAAUGCUUCAAAAUUCAAAUGGAUGAUAGGCUGAAGUUUAUAUUGAAACUUCAGCUGGAACUAGUUGAUGCAGGGCAUAUAACUGCUGCCUUAGACUUGGAUAACUAUGUAGGGGACAUCACCAGUGGAAAAGAAAAUUCUCCUGAAAAACCAAAUAAAGUCAUCAGAAAAUACCAAAAGUUACUGAAGAAGAGGGAUGCAGUUGUAGAAACAUUUCAAAACAAGAAUGUAGAUAAAUUACGAGCAAAAUUUAUUAAUCAAUAUUUUAGAGUAAUCAACACGGCUAAGAAGUGUGCUUAUUGUGCUUGCAAGUUAAUCAAAGUGACUACUUCAGAAAAUAAGAUUAUGUACAAUCUAAGUGCUGAUGGUGCUGAAAAAGGCUCUAAAGGCAUAAAAAUCCUGAUGCCUGAUGAAAUCAAACGCUACUGUACUUCUAUCGCUCAAAAUGAUGAAGACAUCCUCAAAUACUGCUUCCCAGUUCUUAAAUACUCACCAACUCAACCAGUUACUAAUGCUUUCUUCAUGGAUGUUGUACCUGUUCUACCUCCUAAUGUAAGACCUUGCAAUGUUCUGAGAGGAGAACUGGUUGAACACCCUCAGACUAAUGUGUAUAAGGCCAUAUUACAAAAUGCCUUUGCUGCCCGAGCAGUAUUACAUGUACUGUCUUCUUCAGACCAACAGAAAACAAUUGACAGUCUUGAUCAGUUACCAAGACAAGCUUAUGAGAGUGUUCAAGGCAAAACAGCUGCAGAAAAACUUCACACGGUCUGGCAAGAAUUACAAAAGAGUAUCAAUAACCUUUUAAACUGUGAAGGUCAGGGAUUAGCGAGUCAGGGUCUAAAACAGAUUAUUGAAAAGAAAACUGGUUUGAUCAGAAUGCAUAUGAUGGGAAAAAGAGUUAAUUUUGCUGCUCGAUCUGUUAUCACGCCUGACCCUAAUGUAGAUAUAGAUGAAAUAGGGAUACCUGAUGCUUUUGCUAUGAAACUGACAUACCCUAUUCCUGUCACUGAAUGGAAUGUAGACGAACUGAGGAAAAUGGUCAUAAAUGGUCCUAACAAGCAUCCUGGUGCUGAGAAAAUUGAAAUGGAGAAUGGGAGAGUAAUCAGCAUAGCUGCAGAUUCUAUACUAAAGAGAAAGAGUCUUGCCAAAAGGUUGCUAACACCUGAUGAGUUUAAAGCAUCUGGUCUUAAAGUUGUUCAUAGACAUUUGGUGAAUGGUGAUGUGUUGAUUUUGAACCGACAGCCAUCUCUUCACAAGCCCAGUAUGAUGGCACAUAGGGCGAGAAUAUUAAAAGGAGAGAAGACACUUAGAUUGCACUAUGCCAACUGCAAAUCUUACAAUGCUGAUUUUGAUGGUGAUGAAAUGAAUGCCCAUUUCCCACAGAAUGAAAUUGCCAGGAGUGAAGCCUACAACAUUAUGUCCGUGACAAAGCAGUAUCUUGUACCAAAAGAUGGAACACCACUGAGUGGGCUUAUUCAAGAUCAUGUAAUUUCUGGAGUAAGAAUGUCCCUGCGUGGCACAUUUUUCACAAAAUCUGACUACCAACAACUAGUUUUUCAAGCACUUCCUAAUCAUAAGGGACCAAUAAAGCUACUUCCACCUACAAUACUCAAGCCUUUAGUGCUUUGGUCUGGCAAACAGGUUUUGUCAACCAUCAUCAUUAAUACUACACCCAAAGGAAAGCCUUGUCUUACAUUGAUUGGGAAAGCAAAAAUUAGUUCUAAAGCUUGGCAAAAGAUUGCACCUAGACCUUGGAAAGCUGGUGGUACUCCAUUUAAUAACCCUAACACAAUGACAGAAGCCGAAGUGGUUAUUAGGAAAGGGGAACUCCUGUCUGGUGUUUUAGAUAAAACGCAUUAUGGUGCCACGCCAUAUGGUCUAGUGCACUGCAUGUAUGAGCUAUAUGGAGGAGAUAGUUCAAGUGCCUUACUAAGUUCCUUCUCAAAAGUCUUCACAUUUUAUUUACAAUGGAUAGGUUUUACACUUGGUGUCAAAGAUAUUCUAGUAGUAGAAGAAGCUGAUAAAAAGCGCGAUGACUAUAUUUGUUUAGUACGUAACGCUGGUAAAGCUGCAGCUGUGAAAGCUACUGAUCUACCUGCUGAUGUCGAUGACGAAAAAUUAAAAGAAACUAUCGAAAUACUACACACUAAAGACCCUAAAUUCAGAACGAAUCUGGACAGACAGUACAAAACUAUGCUAGAUUCUUACACAAAUAAUAUUAAUACUGCUUGUUUGUCUGAAGGAUUGCUCGAGAAAUUCCCUUACAAUAACUUGCAACUGAUGGUCCAGUCUGGUGCUAAAGGUUCAACUGUCAAUACUAUGCAGAUCUCAUGCUUACUUGGUCAAAUUGAGUUGGAAGGCAAAAGACCGCCACUCAUGAUAUCGGGAAGAUCUUUGCCAAGCUUUCCUCCACAUGACGUAUCGCCAAGAGCUGGUGGAUUCAUCGACGGUAGAUUCAUGACAGGAAUCCAACCACAAGAGUUCUUUUUCCAUUGCAUGGCCGGUCGUGAAGGUCUCAUUGAUACUGCCGUCAAAACCAGUCGAUCUGGUUACUUGCAAAGAUGCUUGAUUAAGCAUUUGGAGAGUUUAGCUAUUUCCUAUGAUCAUACAGUGAGGGAUUCAGAUAAUAGUGUCAUUCAAUUCGCUUAUGGAGAAGAUGGAUUAGAUGUUCUCAAGUGUCAAUUUCUCAGAGAAGACCAGUUUCCAUUCCUUGACAUAAAUUCAAGCGCGGUAAUUGGAGAAGCUGUGAUUGAUAAACUGAAAGAAGAUGAAGAUUUAAAAGACGUUGCAAAAGCAAAUAAAUCUCUGAAAAAAUGGAAGAAGAAGUAUGGUAGUCCUUUCGAAAAGGUUCGAACGAGCGGCUUUGUCCAAUUCUCUGCAGUUGAGAAAAAACAGAUUGAAUUAGACGAUUUACCGACUGACAGAACGAGGGACCCCUUUUACUGGGAGCUAGAGAAGAAAUGGCGUGCUAUGGAUGAAGAAGAAAGACAACAGUACACAAGGAAGAAAUGCCCAGACCCAAUCCCCAGCAAGAUGUCGCCUGAAUACAAAUUCGGUGUCAUUAAUGAGCAGUUAGAUAGUAUAGUGCAAAAUUACUUAAAGAAGCGUCAUUCUAGUGCAUAUGACGAACAUACACCAAAAGAUAGAUUCGUAGACGUGAUGAAUGCUAAAUAUCUUGAAUCAAUGGCCGCUCCAGGUGAACCUGUUGGUUUAUUAGCUGCUCAAUCUAUAGGAGAGCCUUCUACUCAGAUGACACUGAACACUUUCCACUUUGCCGGUCGAGGUGACAUGAACGUGACACUCGGUAUACCGCGUCUUAGAGAAAUUCUUAUGACUGCUUCAGCUAAGCUUAAAACCCCCAACAUGGACAUUCCGUUCCGAGACGACAUACCGGACUUGACUAAGAAAGCUGAAAAAUUACGACAAAAGCUCAACAGAGUUACCGUAGCUGAUGUUUUGGAGAAGAUAGACGUGCAAUGUCAGAUAGUUAUCCGACCUGAAAGGCAGUUGAAGACGACAAUGCGCUACCAAUUUUUGCCGCAUUCUCAGUAUAAGACACAAUAUACGGUGAAGCCACCGCAGAUUAUAAAGCAUAUGCAGAACAAAUUCUUCCAAGAGAUGUUUUCAACGGUGACAAAGCAAGCAAAGGCAGUUAGUGGUAUUGUUUGGUCUUCUGAAAAGAAGAAGAAAAGGGCUAAAGGUAGCGGUGGUGAUGAUGAUGACGAGGAUGACGUUGCUGAGCCGGAGCCGGUUAACAAUGUGGAUGCAGACAGUUCUGAUGAUGAAGCUCCUAAUGAAGAUGAUGACAAUACCGAUGCUCGUAUCCGCAAGAAGAGAACAGAAGAACAAGAAUACGAAGACCCCGAAUCGGGCGAAGAAGAGAAAUCUGAUGAUGAAGUGGAAUUGAAUGAUGAACAACCUACAGAAAAGGGUGAGGAUGUCUUAGACUCAACUACCGUUGACAACGACGCCGAAACUAGCAAAAUCGCAACAGACGUAGUCUCCAACUUCAGGGAAGCUACGAAUUAUUCCUUCGACACUAAACACUAUAAAUGGUGCGAGCUGACCGUACUCUUCCCAAUAUCGUUCCUAAGAGUGGACCUAUCUCAGGCUCUCCGAGAAGCGGCAAUGAAAUCCGUCAUACACGAAGUGAAACACAUAAAACGAGCGAUCACAAACAAGGAAAAGAAUGUCCUGUACCUCAAAACUGAGGGUAUAAACAUUCUACAAAUGUUCAAGUACAACAAUCUUUUAGAUUUGAAUAAACUAUACAGUAACGAUAUUCAUGCCAUUGCUAAUACAUAUGGCAUUGAAGCUGCUAACAAAGUGAUUAUUAAAGAAAUACAAAAUGUGUUUAAUGUCUACGGUAUUACGGUGGAUCCUAGACAUUUGACGUUGGUGGCUGAUUACAUGACUUACAACGGUAUAUUUGAGCCUAUGAGCCGAAAAGGAAUGGAAGCUUCGUCGUCGCCGUUACAACAAAUGUCUUUUGAAUCAUCCUUGAUAUUCUUAAGGGAGGCAGUUUUGAAUUCUAAGAAGGAUAACAUUAGAUCGGCUUCCAGUUGUCUCAUGUUAGGCCAGCCUUGUAGAAGCGGUACUGGCACAUUUAGUUUACAACACUUCAGUAAGGUUAUCAGCUAAUUGAGUUACGUUCUUAUCUGAAAUCGUGUGUAAGUGAUCAUUGUUUUCUAUUAAUAAAUAUAUUGUUUAUAAAA